AAGAAGAACGUGUCCGUGCAUCGCGUGUUUCGUGGUGCCAGUCCGAGUUUUCGUGAUGGCACUUCCAGUCGCAAACAGCAAGGCGGGCAUGUACAAAGUUACAGCAGCUAUUUGGGAAACAUUGGACAUCCGCUUGGCGCAACGUGUGGUUGUUGGCAAGUACAUGGGCUUUGGGAUGGUCAUUGACAGAGUCAUCGGCGAGCAACAGAAGCAGUUCAUCGUGGUUGAGAGAGUGAGAAAAGGAGGCGUUGCAGAAGCAGGUCAUGUCCUCGAGGGUGACGUACUGGUGGCUGUGAAUGGUUCGAACGUCGCUUUUAUGGACUUGCGUCAAGUGCGAGAAAUGAUUAUGCGCAGUAAGCAGGUCGUGUUGACGGUUUCGUCCUUCAGCACAUUUCGCCUUUACGAGAGAUACCGAGAGAAACUCCUGCAAAUGGCCCCGACGGAGACGCUCAAGGUGCAAGUCUUUAGGCGGACCACAUGCUGUGAAAGCGCAGCGUACUACGGUUUCGAGACGUUCGAGCUGAGGACUUCGAACGACGCCAAAGAGACAAUUCGCUGUCACGUCAUCCUGAAGGUGCAAAACCCGCAAGUGGUGACGCCUGGAAAAGCCAUCUACCCGAACGACAUUCUGCUGGCGAUAGGCGAUGUCUCAGUGGGCAAGAUGAAUACGGCUCAGGUGAAGGCGGAGAUGGCUAGGGGCAGCAGGUCCCAAUUGUCCAUCACCAUUGUACCCAUCUCACUACUACGCGUGACCAGGCCGCCCUUGGUCCAGUGCAACAACGAGAAACACAGUGAUGACAAAUAACCAGGUGUUAUAUCCGUAGCUUGCGUAACUUCGAUGGAUAUUGCUGCCCGUGGAAGACUGAUCUGCGGACUGAGACAAUGAUAAUGUCGCCGAGUGUCGUUUGCGCGCCCAUGACACUUACUCUGUGCGAUCCCCUUGCAGAGCUUUCACGUUGCACCGCCUAUUAAAUAAAAAAAAAUAGCUAUUUAA